AUGGCGUCCUUGCUACAUCAAUUAGAAGAGGCUAAACUCGAAAAUAAAUGGUUAUUCGCAUUAAAGCCUCCAAUUAUGGACAGUAUCAUGAUCCGUAUUAUUCGAAAUUGUAUCAGAAGAAACAAUUUAGAAAUUCACAAUUGCAUUCAAGAGAAUAUUUCUAAUCAUCCAUUGGACGGUGUUGAUUUUAAAGAAUGUUUGCUUUUUGUUCAGACGAGAUUAAAAAAUGAUUACCAAAAGGCCUAUGAUCUAAAUAAAAAACCAGUACCAUUGAAUUUGGAAAUAAAUGUGAAUCUUGAGAAUUUGAAUUUAAAUGAAAAUGAAGAAGUGGAAUUAGAGAUUGCUAAUGCUCCUGUCCCAAACCAGCGAAUUAAAAAUAAAUAUCGUCAAAAUAUAAGAUAUAGAAAAAGAAAAUUAGGACCAAAACACACACGUGGAAUAUGUCUAUUAACAUCAUCAAGUUCCAAUGAUGAUGAUGAUGCUAAAGAAGGAUUAAGGAAAAAUGUAAAGAGAAAAAUUCCAGUGAAGCAAAUUGGGGCGCAAAAAUCUUCUAUUCAUCUUGAGGAAAAUUCAAAAUCAAUUUUGAAUAAAGAGAAUUCGAGAAAAAAGGAAGAUGGUGCAAACACGAGUGUGGUUAAGGUAGCUACUCAACGAGAGCAAGCUGUAGAAAAAAUUGUUCCUUCAACAUCAAAUCAAGCACCUUUGAAAAAAACAACGAAAACGAAGAGGAAGAGGAUUAAGAUUGAUGCAUCUCAUGUCAAGGAUGAUGAUGAUGAGCAUAACGAUAGUAAUGAUGAUAACGAUGAUGAUGAUGUGGAUGAUGAUUACAACAUUGAUGAUGAUACUGGUUUGAUUUCUAAGAAGAGAAAAAAUGAAGAAGAAAGAAGAUUUGAAGAAGCAAUAAAAAGAGCGAAAAAAUAUGCUCGUAACGAAAACUCAUUCGAAGAGACACCUGUUAACUUACUACCACGUCGGAAGAAACUCUUUAAUUUAGAUGACUCGGUUACUGAAUUCCAUACUCAGGAAUCGAAUGCUGAAAGUGAUGAUGGCCCCCCAUGUUCAAAAAAUAUAAGUAAUAUGAAGGAAAAAUCAAUCGACAAAUUAACUUUCAAUUUAGAAAAUUUUGGUCCGGUCGAUGCGAAUGUUUCGAAUGCUGGUCUUAGGUUAGAAGCUCCUGAUAAAACUGUUGAUGGCCGCCAUUGCACGUUGGUCUUGGAUAAAAUAAGUGUAAAAUCAGUCCAUACGUUAAGAAAAAGAGGUGAUAAUUCGCGUACUAAUGCUGCGAAUGAUUUGAAUACAGAAAAUGUUACGUCAGAAGCGAUUGAAAAAAUUGAUGGUGGCAGCCAAUGCACGUUUGAAUCAAAGGAGACAACCGAAAAUGUGGAAAAUUCGUGCAGUAUUGCUACGAAUGAUUUGAAUACAGAAAAUGUUACGUCAGAAGCGAUUGAAAAAAUUGAUGGUGGCAGCCAAUGCACGUUGGACAAGGAUAAUAUUAGUGUAAAAUCAGUCCGUACGUUAAGAAAAAGAGGUGAUAAUUCGCGUACUAAUGCUGCGAAUGAUUUGAAUACAGAAAAUGUUACGUCAGAAGCGAUUGAAAAAUUGAUGGUGGCAGCCAAUGCACGUUGGACAAGGAUAAUAUUAGUGUAA